AUGCAUGAAAACAAUUCCAGUGAUAGACCAACCGGUUCUGGAAAGCGCAUCGAAGUGAAUCCGGUGAAAGGUGCACUUGAACAACCUUAUCUGCCUUUUGUGAAAUGGUCUCCUGCGAACGACUUCCUAGCAUUUGCCUACGACCGCCACGUUUACAUUCAUAUCUAUCCAUUCGACGAAUCGCGAUCCGCUGUUUUAAAUAUCACUCGAGAGCUACCUGAUGACAAAAUCCAGUACGGGCAAUGCGACUGGAUGUAUGAAGAGGAAGUGCUGCAAACAAACGUGGCACUUUGGUGGAAUCCAUCUGGGACAAAGCUUGCUUUCUUAUCUUUCGAUGAACGCAAUGUCAGCGUGUAUGAGAUAUUUCGUUUUGACACUGAGGGCGGAUUAUAUGGAACUUCAAUACGUCAGAAUUAUCCUAAGGCCGGUGACCCAUCUGCAUACAAUAACCCAAAAAUCGGCCUACAUAUGUACGAUUUGGGGACCGGAAAGCUGAUGGAAUUCCCAAGGCCAUCAUCGAUUCCCUGGGAUGGUCAUCUUGUCUUCACCAAAUGGUAUAACGAUGAUAUUUUGCUGGUCUGCUGGACAGACCGGAUACAAUCACAGGCUUGGAUCACCGUUGUCAGCUGGUCAACCGGUUCAUCCUGGAUCAUCUUCAAAACGUCCGCUACCGACGGAUGGGUCGAUAUGUUCAAGCAAAUGUCAAACGAACCGUUGGUACAUCCGGAAUCUCAAAGCCUAUUCAUCAUUCUGCCUAGGGAGUACACUGAAGCCGGUUAUCGAGGGAUUGCUAGGUUGAGUGUGGACCUAAGUGGCACGGAGAUAAAACAACAAGUGAGGUGGAUGAUAGCACCUUCUUUCGAUGUGACGGAUAUUUUAUAUUUCAACGGAAUAGACGAAUUUCUAUUUCUAUCUCCCGGUCCUGAUCCAAAGAAUCUUCACGUAUACUGGGGCUCAGCAGGUGGUGAUAUAUACUGCUUGACAUGUGAUAAUGGAAAUUGUACCUACAAUCGAGCAAAAGUUUCCUCAGAUGGAUGGCAUUUUGUUCAAGAGUGUCGUGGACCAGAUGUGCCUUCUUACUUUCUGAAAACCAUUAACCGAACAACGGACAUCUCCGGUGGUCACUUUGUCUCCGCCUACCACAGGUUCACCCUGUUGGAUAACAUGAUGUUUAGACAAAGGAUAAACUCUCGUGCGAUGGCCAAAAUUGAAUUUGUCAAUCUAACGCUGCGUGAAGGAACGCGAGAUCAGCUCAAGGUGGAUGCAAAACUAAUGCUUCCUCCAGCGCUUAACAAACAGCAUAUAACCAAAUAUCCGCUGCUGCUUUUUACUUACGGAGGACCCUCAAAACAACUGGUUACUACGAAGUUUCUACUCGACUGGAGUACGUUUCUGGCUGCCACAGCAAAGGUUAUCGUUGCAGUGGUUGAUGGUAGAGGAACCGGAGGACGUGGGAUCCGUUUCGAGCAUGCAAUCUACAGAAAACUUGGCGUUGUCGAGAUUGAAGAUCAGCUUCAUGCUAUCAAGGCAAUGGUCAAAACUUUUCGGUUUAUUAAUGAGACCCAAAUCGGUGCUUACGGUUGGUCAUACGGAGGAUUCACGGUUGGCCACCUAUUGGCGCACCCUGAGAACAAUCUGGUUCGUUGUGGUAUAGCUGUGGCUCCAGUCACUGACUUUAGGUUCUACGACACAGCAUACACUGAGCGCUAUCUCGGUCGGAUUACUGAUCAUCCGGAUGCAUAUAUGCAAACGUCCAUCGCCAAACGUGCUCGUAACAUGCGGUCGAAGAGCCUUUUGAUCGCACAUGGUUCUGCCGAUGACAACGUGCAUCUGAUCAACACGGUUUCGCUCACGAAGGCUUUGAUUGCAGCCAAUGUGGAUAUCGAUGUCAUGAUAUAUCCGGACGACAAUCAUUUUAUCCCCACAGCUGCUAAUCGAGAGCAUUUAUAUCGUAAAAUGACCACUUUUCUCAUGGACUGCUACAACAAAACAUCAAUUCGAUACACGAUGGAUUUGACUGUAAAGGAUGAUCUUUGACUUGAUCGAAGCACUUCGACAAUAGGUGGAUUACCCUUUGUACAAAGUUGUACCU